UUGAAGAUAAACGUGCGAGAGAGUUAGUUAUAUCGGUUAAAAGGGGAGGAAGCGAGUUUCCCGCUAUAAUCUAAAAAAAAACUUCUCUGCCUCUUCCCUUCCUUCGAACGGACAGAGGGAGAAAGAGAGAAAGAAAGAAAGAAAGAGAGAGAAAGAGACGACAGAGAGAGAAGGGGAGAAGAAAACAGGAAAAUCAUCCUCUUUCUUCUUCUCUUUCUUCUCUCUCCCAAACAACUCCGUUUCGGCUUCCGCUCGUCGUUCCUUCCAGUUUUCGGAGUUGGAUUUGGAUUGGCGGUGUGCUAAAUUCUGAAUUUCAUGUGGAUCGGUUAAUUAAGAUUGCCAUACUCUAUCCUAAGGUUGCGGUCUGAACAAUGUUCUGCUGUGGGGGUUCUGAGGAGGAUAGCCAUAGCGGUCCACCGGCUAACCAAAGCACUGCCCCUCCUAGAGGCGGCAACCCCUACGGUGGCGCUGGCGGUGGUGAUAGGGGAGGAGAGCCAAAGGGAGCUGGGGGUGGGAGAGGUGAAGCUCCCCAGAAAGUUCUACCAAUAGAGAUACCUGCUAUGGAAUUGGAUGAGCUGAAUAGUUUGACCAAUAACUUUGGGCAAGAAGCUUUGGUAGGAGAAGGAUCAUAUGGCCGUGUUUUUUCUGCGACUUUGAGCACUGGGGAGCUAGUGGCCAUUAAGAAGUUGGAUACCAGUUCUACAUCCGAGCCAGAUUCUGACUUUGCAGCACAGUUAUCAAUGGUUUCAAGACUUAAGUGUGAUCAUUUUGCAACGCUUCUCGGUUAUUGCCUGGAGGAGGACAAUCGUAUUCUUGUCUAUGAGUUUGCAACAUUGGGCUCUUUGCACGAUGUGUUACACGGCAGGAAAGGUGUACAAGGUGCGUCGCCAGGUCCAGCUCUUACCUGGGGUCAGAGGGUGAAGAUAGCAUUUGGAGCAGCGAAAGGGCUCGAAUUUCUACACGAAAAAAAUCAGCCACCUAUUGUUCAUCGCGAUGUUAGGUCCAGCAAUGUGUUACUCUUUGAUGAUUUUAAUGCUAAGAUUGCAGAUUUUAACUUGACAAACCAGUCAUCUGACACAGCAGCUCGGUUGCAUUCAACCCGAGUCUUGGGAACAUUCGGUUAUCAUGCGCCUGAGUAUGCAAUGACGGGUCAGAUUACUCAAAAAAGUGAUGUUUACAGUUUUGGAGUCGUUCUUUUAGAACUUUUGACAGGGAGGAAGCCAGUAGAUCAUACAAUGCCUAAGGGUCAACAGAGUCUUGUUACAUGGGCCACUCCAAGAUUGAGUGAAGAUAAAGUGAAACAAUGUGUGGAUCCCAAGCUAAAUAAUGAAUAUCCCCCAAAGGCAGUGGCUAAGUUGGCAGCUGUUGCAGCACUCUGUGUUCAAUACGAGGCAGAUUUUCGGCCAAAUAUGACAAUUGUUGUCAAGGCAUUACAACCACUUGUGAACUCAAAGCCAGCCAACGAGUCCCACGCGAGACCUGUCUGAACAUCUGAACAGAACAAUGGUUUGAAUCAGCUGUUCAGGUUUCAGAAAACGGGCAUUACUGCUGGAUCAUGCUCUAAACUCGGAAGGUGAAUUGGGCAUUUUGGUUGUAAGCAAAUUCAUCAGGCCAAUGGAAAAUCUGCUGAGCAUGAAUGCCUUUCUGAUCUUUUGGUAAUUUUGUACAUUUUUUAUACCUUAUAUAAAGGUUUAAUCACCAGACUU